AUGCGAUUAGUCAGCGCCAACAUUCUCGAAGCACGAGAGCCGGCAGAACAACGACCACUUCUGGAUAACUCAUUGCACACGAGGAAUGACCUGAUGACGAAUCGUCCAAAUAAAGCACAGAUCACAAACCGUGUUAUUGGGACGGAUGCUCAUCGGCCCGAAUGCAUCGAUGAGGGCUUCGUGAGGGGCCUCAAUUUAGCCGUGUCCCUUCGAGGUGCUCUAGCUCCUCCCUCAUGGUCAGGCGAAGUGUCUCUGCCGCCGGCUGGCCUGUCUGUACCAUCGCAAAUGUGGGCAGUGCCUCUUCCGGCAGUACUACUGUUCAGUUGCUGCCUAGCUUUUGCACAAAUUCGUGUUCGAAUCUGGCAACCAGACAAGGAUUCUUCGACAAUCGUCGAACCGACCCGAUUCUUUGAUUUCGUCCAACAUCGUUCUGUUCCAAGCACCACCUACAGCGCCACGUCUGAACCGGGUGUUACAACGCAGGAGAACACGGGUAACACCGCCGCUGUCACGACUUCCAACACCGUCGACACUUCAACUAUAAAUUCAGUUCCGUCGACUGUUCACUGGGCUCCGCCAACAACCGUCAACGCUUGUGGUGAAACCGAUCCGACAGCGCUCAUCGAGACUCUGAAAGAUAGCGGUGUAUACAAUGAGAUCUACAUGGCACCUGACAUCCUCACAGCCAGUAGGAAUUUUCCGGAUUUGGGUGGACGUAAUUUUAUGAAAGCGAAGAGUCGUUAUCGUUGCGAUGAUACCUGUGAAAGGUCAUCUGAACUAGUACGACUGGUGAUGAUUGGCGAUGAACAGUCGGAACCGCCACCGUUUGAAUCGGAACAAAGUUGGUGGAACGAAUGGACGCGGGAGAAACGGUAG